GUUUAUAAUAGCAGGGAUCAGAAUUCAAUAAUAUGACUAAAUUUACCCGAAAUCGGGAACUCAUUAUGUUCACAGAAAGUAUGUGCUCUGUUCAAUUCCAGCGUGGCGACCAUGUGCAGAGCCAUUCUGCGUUAGGAAGUUCACGGGAGUGGGUCCGCCACUGAACCACCAGUAUAGAGUAUAAAACUAGGGCUUCUCUAUAAGACGAAAUCUGCACUGCCCAUCCGCCUUUCAAGUCUCAAGAUUAAUUUUAUAGUCCUAUACUCACUCCUGUCUUCCUCUUCUUUUUUUUUGACUUUUUACUUCCACGUUAACAAUGGCCACUGAGUCCGCCCAGAUCCUCAAGGCUGCACGCAUAGCACCAGAAAUCUUCCAACUCCGACCCGACUACCGCGCCCUGCUCCUAGUAGUGGACGGGAUCCCCCCAGGCCCCAGCGACACCGCCAGCGAAACCCUUCUCCGCGAAGCCGAAAAUCACGUACGUGAGCUCCUCACGCAGCACCCCAUACCCGACUUCCCACACAUCGCCGCAUGGCGCGAAGCAUACAAAUCCUUCGGCACCAAACCCAACAAAACAAGAAACAGUCUGGAAGCACUAUCCCGGCGUGUCGUGACAGCAGGCGCAGGAGCAGGAGGAGCGGGUGGUCUUCCGCGCGUGAACCGGCUGACGGACAUCUACAACGCGAUAUCAGUGAAGCACCAGAUCCCGCUAGGCGGCGAGGAUCUGGAUAAGUACGAGGGGGCGCCUUUUCUCAUUCGUGCGGCUGGCGAUGAACCGUUUCAGACGUUCUCUGGGGGUGAGCCGCAGACUGAGUGCGCGGCGCCCGGGGAGCCGAUUUGGUGUGAUGGGAAGGGGGUUACUUGUCGGAGGUGGAAUUGGAGACAGGGUCCACGGACGGCAUUGACGGAUGAUAGUCGUCGUGUGUUGUUUAUUUUGGAUGCGUUGGAGCCGCUUGGGGAUGAUAGGUUGGUGAAGGCUGCUGAGGAGCUGGCGGCUGCGCUCAAGGGUCUUUCUACGGAGGUGCAGGCGGAAUAUCGAAUUCUUGGUGCUUCAGGGUUAGGCGACGAGGUGAAGCUUUGAUUUUAUAUGGAAGAAAGUUAUUAUUGAGGGCGCUGGGUGGGACGAGAAGUGGUUAGAAGCAGCGCAGAUCGUAGGCUUAGCAUCGAGUAGCUUAGCCCUAGUUCAGAAACAAUCUUUAAUGACGACGAUCUUCGGCACCCAGAUGCAAGGAUAAUCCAUUUCCUUAGACAGGGCAAAAGUGGCUGUGCGCAUUUCAUUUGUACUAUCGCGUCCCCCGCUCAAUUUAAAAUUAUAAGUACUUCGACUGCUUGUUACAAGCGUCAUGCACAUUCCAGCGAGAAAUGCGGAGAAGGCCAUGCGUGUAU